CUUCCCCAUCACCACCUGCCCCGCCGCGCUCCCUCCUCCUCCUCCUCCCGGUGCUCCUCCUCCUCCUCCUGCCCCACCGGCCAUGGGGCUGCGGCGCUGGGGGCGGCGGGCGGCCCCGCGGGCUGUGGGCAGCGCCCGGAGCCGCCGCUCGGCGUAGGGGCGAGGCUGGCGGGCAGGCGGCGGCCCCGGCCAUGGAGAAGGCGGCGGCGGAGCUCCGGCAGGGCGCGCUGGUGCCGCUCACCGCCAUCUGCCUGGUGAAUCUCUUCCUGACUGGGAAAACAGAAAGUGCUGUUACCUCAUUAGCUGCUUGCAGUGGAAAACUAGAAGAGCACACGGAGAGACGGGGAGUCAUCUAUAGUCCUUCUUGGCCACUGAACUAUCCUCCAGGUGUAAAUUGCAGCUGGUACAUCCGAGGAGAUCGCGGAGACAUGAUAACGAUUAGUUUUAAGAACUUUGAUUUGGAAGACUCCCAGAAGUGUGCCGUGGACUGGCUGAUGAUUGGCCCCUCUUCCAGAAGAGAGGAGUACAAAGUGUGUGGAUCUUCCAUACCUCCGUCUUUCAUCUCAGCAAGAGACCAUGUUUGGAUAUUUUUUCAUGCGGAUGCAUCGGGCUCAGGACAGGCUCAGGGAUUUCGCCUUUCUUAUAUAAGAGGAAAGUUGGGUCAGACUAUAUGCCAGUCAGAUGAAUUCCGUUGUGCAAAUGGAAAGUGUAUUCCCAGUACCUGGAAGUGCAAUUCUAUGGAUGAGUGUGGUGAUAACUCGGAUGAGAGAAACUGCACCGUCCCUCCAACGGAGCCUUCAUCCAGCAUCUGUCCCUCAGGAAUGUUCCAGUGCAGUGCAGCCCACUCCACCAAGUGCUUGAUGAACGAGCUGAGGUGUAAUUCAGUUAAGGACUGCAGUGAUGGUUCAGACGAAGAUAAUUGUCCUGAUCUUUCCUGUGGCAAAAAGCUGGGUAAUUUUUAUGGGUCUUUUGCUUCCCCAGACUUAUUCCGUGCUGAUCACAGCAGAUCAGACCUUCGUUGCACAUGGUAUGUGGACACACAAGAUAAUCGACAUGUUCUGUUGCAGCUUGAUUUGCAGUUAGGCUACAAUGACUACGUGAAGGUUUAUGAUGGCAUUGAAGAAAGAGGUGAUAAAUUAAUGCAGACGUUUUCGUACCACAACAACAGACAUUCGGUGAGCGUGGAGUCGUCGAAGGGCCAGCUCACUGUCUCAUAUCACGCCCGCUCCAAGAGCACUGGCCAUGGGUUCAAUGCAACUUAUCAGGUGAAGGGCUAUUGCCUUCCUUGGGAACACCCUUGUGGAAGCGAUGAAGAAUGUUUCACAGAUAAGCAGCGUUGUGAUGGCUGGUGGCACUGUCCAAAUGGCAAGGAUGAGGAGAACUGUCCCGCUUGCCAGAAGAAUGAAUACCCAUGUGAAGGAAACAGUGGGCUUUGUUACUCAAUACUUGACCGCUGUAAUAACCAAAAGAACUGCCCAGAUGGCUCAGAUGAAAAAAACUGCUUUACUUGCCAGCCAGGAAACUUCCAUUGUGGUACAAAUCUGUGCAUCUUUGAGACUUGGCGUUGUGACGGCCAAGAAGACUGCCAGGAUGGAAGCGAUGAACACAACUGCCUGGUGAUCGUUCCCAGGAAGGUCAUCACUGCUGCUCUGAUCGGGAGUCUCGUGUGUGGCUUGCUGCUGGUGAUAGCACUGGGUUGUGCAUUUAAGUUAUAUUCUCUGAGGACCCGGGAAUACAGAGCAUUUGAGACCCAGAUGACACGACUCGAGGCAGAGUUCGUGCGGCGAGAAGCUCCACCUUCCUACGGACAGCUGAUUGCACAAGGACUUAUCCCCCCAGUUGAAGACUUCCCUGUCUACAACGCAUCACAAGCUUCUGUGCUGCAGAACAUUCGAACAGCCAUGAGGAGGCAGAUGAGACGACACUCGUCAAGACGGAGCUCAUCUCGGCGGCGCUUGGGCAGGCUCUGGAACAGACUCUUCCACAGACCUCGGGUGAGAGGACAGAUCCCGCUCCUGACGCCCGCCCGUACUUCACAGACUAUGCUGGGUGAUGGAAUCAUCAACCGUGCUGAUGGGACUAUUGGGAGUCCCCCGCCUUCCCCUGAAGGACCUAGUUUAGAGGCAAAUACCCAUGGCCAAGCCAGGGGUCUACAAGAAGCUGGAUGUAGCUGCUUGCAGCCAGAGACUGAAAUCACAGAGCCAUCGCCUUCAAAUGUCUUACCGAAUACUUGCACAGCAGCACACGCAGAGCCUGAGGCUGGACGCGCUGAUAAACCUUUAGGUGCUGAGACUCCCGGCAGUGAGCUUAAGCAGUCCGGUAAAGUGGAUUCAGGAAAGCCUUUCAGAGAUCCUUUAUCUGAAAGCGUUACAGAAACGAUCCAUGGAGGGUCAGCAUCCAGGAGGACUGUUGUCGCAGAGGACAGUAGUUUAAGUAGGAGUCAUCCGCUAAGUGAAGAGCCAUGUAGGUUGCCCUUAAAAAAGUGGGAGUCUGCUUAUCCAGACAGCCCUGCGCAUGUUCAUAUCCAAGUGGAUGGACAAAACCGGUGUUGCCCCAACUCGUACCGGGAGGAGCCUUUGGGUAUUCAUGCGGCUUGUUGCCAUUCUGUGGAAGUGCCAAUGGUGGAGUCCUCUACUCCCCUCUCCGAAAUCAAUACCAGUGAUGAUGAAUCUUUACUUGUUUGCUAAUAAAAAUUUUUGUUCUGGCCCUGUAAAUUUGGUGACUUCAUUGUUUAUAUGACGCAACAGUGCACUUUGAUGAGAGGCGGUAUGCCUGUGCUCUGAGCUUUGUCUCCUAGAACCAGGGUGCUUCAGUCCCGCAGGGAGUACAGUACAAGCCUAAAUGGGACAAGUUUUUGUCUUCGUUGCUAUUCCUGAAACUCCAGCGGGGCAGAAGUAGGCCGGUUUGCGAUAUCAGGGUAUAGGAUGUUGCUGCAGUUUGGAAACAUCUCCAUCCUCUGGUAUUUCUUCUGUGCAUUUAUUCAGUCUGCAUUCAGGGAAUUGGUGUUUCUUUGCUUUUCAGCUGGUCUUACUGAAGGUAGAGAGAGCUCUGCUGGAACCUGGGGCGGGCACCAGUCAUUGUAACUAAGAGUGACCACUUAGAAGGAAGUAAAAUCCUUUGUAGCUUCCCCUUUAUAGAAAUUGCUGACUUCCUUUGCUCCCUUCAGGAAUGUUUGAUGGCCCUAUGUACCUUGAAGCAUCCAGUAAAACCAAAGUCUCCAUCUGGAAUACCCAGAAUGAUACCUGGUGUCUUACCUGCUCAGAGAGGUCAGCAGCGUUCAGUGUAAGCCGAGUGCGUUGAACCCCACCGGCAGCAGUAUUUUUUUCAGUGUUGUUGUAUGUUACAUUCUCUUAAUAGUGAUGUUAUGAAGGUUGAAGAAUUGUUUUCUUUUCUCUCAACCCUCUUUUUCCUCUCCUGCCUUCCAUUUUCAGGGACUUUUAUGGUUAUACUGCUUUGGGUGUGCCCUGACGGAUGCUGAGGCCUCAGUGGCUGCAGUAGGAAGCACUGAGCCCGUAGUAACUGUCAGGAUCAGAUUUUACUUUGAAAUAAGCUCUGCUUCACAGGUUUGCUUGUAAAUGUGCUGCAGAGGUGCAGAGGUAUAAAUCAGGGGGGUUAUUUCUUAUUUUUAGAGGAUGCUGUUCUGUUCGCUUUUUUCUUCUAUGAACUGAAAUGGAUCAGUGCCAUUUUUAAAGCUGAUGCUGUGUGGAUUGUACAAGAUUUAAAUGUAAACCGGUGCCUUUUUGGUUUUGAGAGUGUAAUUAAAAGCAAGGCUAGUUAUUCCCCUGGAAGAAGGGUGACAUUGCUUAAUCAGGAGUGCCUCGGUGCAGAAUGACAGAAGGGUGCUGUGCGAUAGCUUGGUCCCGUUGCGAUGGUGGGGACAUUGGCCAGGGUGUCCCGUGCUCUAACAAGAGCUCUGCUUCAGUUCCCUUGUGACGCGGUGACAAACUAAAAUGCUUUAUGUAGGAAUUAACGAGGAGGUUGAUGCUGCUGCUCUGCGAAUACGUGAGCGCUCUGAAGCCUGUUUAUCGCUGUAGGAACUCAAGAUGCCCAAAGUUACAAGCGGAACUUGUGAAACUGAAGUAGACUUCGAUGUCUGUGGACCUGGGCUCUCCUGUCCCCAGGAUCCUCCUGGCAGAAAGGACAAAAACUGGCAUUUGCCGUGAACACUGACAUCAAAGUAUUAAAGAGGUUUAUCCAUUAAAUGGGCUAUAUUUUGCUCUGCAUCUUUUACUAGGGCUCCCUUUGGGAGUGCCUUAAAAAGAAAAAGGAAUUGGGCUUUGACUUUACCAAAAUGUAACACGGAACAAUUAAAUUGAAGUUACGGUUAUUUUUCUCUUUAGUUCCAAUUGGCUUCAUACUGUGCGUUCUGGAGGCAGAGGAUUCAAAGCCCUUAAAGGCAUUAAUAGCAGGCAGGGCUUGCGGCAAAAUGCUUAACAAGAGUCAUAAUUGCAUAAAAUAAAUGCUGCUAACUCGUUUUUUUUCCAAGUGCUUUUGCGAUGAGAAUUCAUUUCAUCAGAGGAGAUGUCGCUUUGAAAGAGUUCCUGCUUUUACAGCGUUUUUAAAUGCUUUAGGUACGUUCCACCUGUGCAAGGCCAUGCACUGCGGUCAUUGCGCUGCCGGGGUUGCCCGCACAUAAGGCUGCGGGUUUUAGUGUCCGUCUAAUGGUGAUUUUACAUACAUAGAAUUGUAUGUGGAAAUCAGUUAAUUAUAAUUGGCAGGAAGAUGAUAUUUCAAGCCUAAUAUUGUGCGGAUAUGAAGGACGUUACAAGUAAGCAUAUAUUUAAUUCUAUAACAGAAUGUAUUUCUGUAGUGAAAUAAUGCUGAUCAUGGUAUGCCUUAAACUAUCACCACUGUAAGGCUUUUGAGGUUGAAAUAUGUGCUUCAGACUACUGCUGUAUUUUGGAAACAACCCUGAACAGCUAACACUGUGUUUUAUUUUAAGAGGUGUAAUUUCACAUGUUUUUUUACAUAUUUUGUGUAUUUUGUUUGCCGAUCCAUUUGGGAACUCAGUGGAAAUUCCAUUGAGAAGGUUUUAUUUUUAGAAACUUAAAAAAAAAAAAAUCCAGGUUAAUGAAAAUACGAUGGUUGAAAUGUACAGAAGUGUUUGCAGCGCGCGCGACUGGAAUGUAUAGCCUUGUGUCGAUGAGAGGUGUAAAUGUGGUCUCUGCGUAAGCCCCUCACUGUUGUAUUCCGCAGGGCAGUGUUCUCUCCUGGCUCCCCUGGUUCCUGCCUUGGAGGGAAGGGUCACACAUUUACUCUUGAUUUUGGAGAACGCUCUCUGUCUGUGCUGUGAGCACAAACCAGCGCAGCGUCAGUACCCGAGGGAGCUGUGCAGUCUGCCACCGCGGACGGCUGCCCUUCCUCCGGCUCUUUAAGCGUUAAGGAGGCAAUGGGCCAUCCCCGAAGCCACCGCUCUGUCCAUGUAAACUGCCUCCUUGUACUCAAACUUCUUCAGAUUAAAAGAAAAAAGGAAACCUGCUAGGAUGCCAGACGUGAACAGGGAGAUCUCAUUGUUACAUGUCUUUGCUCAGUGGGAAAUAGCACACUUUAAUGACUCUACAGCCUGAAGUUCAUCAGCUGAUAAACUCGUUCAAAUUUUUAUUUUAGUGAUGCUUUUCUGCACUCUAUUUAAAGAUUUUUGCAGACCGAAGUGAAACAAAGGAUUUAAAAUAGUGUUUUUUUAUUUUGAUACAAAACUCCCCAGGCCAAGCAGCUUCCCUUUGAAUCUCGGAACAGAGCAGAAUACCCACACGGAUUUCAGAAGAGUGGAGGCUCAUGGGCAGCAUUAAAGGGCAAAGCAACCCUGUUGUGUUUUCUCUUGCUGCUAUUAAAAUGUAGGGAAUAUUUGCAUUUGAAAUUCUGGCUUAUGAAUGACUCUGUAACAUCCCCUAAGUGUACUUGUUUUCUUUUUCUGUUCUCUGCUUUGUUUGGUUUUAUUUGCAUGGUGUUUAUAUGCAUUUAGCUAUAACAUUUUACCGUAAGCUGUGUAGAGGUAUGUGGUUCAGGUAUGGCAUCGUGGUUGCCAGUGCCUGCUGGUUCCUGGACAGUGACGCUAAGCAAGUUAGAUGCUGGGCAUCAUCGCACUCUGCUCUUGCUUUGGAUCUCUUAAUUUUUAAUAAAACUUC